UCGACUAGAACACGGAAGUAGGAUUGGAGGUGAACAAAGAUCUGUAUGUAAUGAUGAGAUGCUCACGUCACUCAAGCCUGACAAUAGAAGUCGUUGUCCGAAAAGUGGGAAUGCAGGCGACAAGAUUAGGUCCGAAAAAAUCCAUUGAAACGUAUCGGGAUAAUUUUGGGCAGAUUUUAGCGAGUGUAACCUCUCGCUUCGCCUCAUCCUCUAUGAGGUUACUUUGUUUUGAUUUUGAAAGUUAUUGUUGUGGAGUAAAGAAAGACCUAGUUAGCUACUGACUGAACUAAAUAGGCUACCCAACUCCCAGUCGUCUGAAAUAUGUCUAAACUACAGUUUUCUCGUGUGUUUUUAAAUGAGCGCUUAACUACGGCUGCUGUGGAGAUUUUCGGUGCAGUUGAGAAAACGGUAGUGGAGUACCAGGAGGAGAAUGAUCGGCUACGGAGACUGCUGGGGAUCACACCGGAGAUACAACUAUGUAGAAUAGACUCCCUGCAGCUCUCUGUCUCUGAAGAGGAGGUUCCCCCUGAGCAGCAGCACUGUGAGCAGGAGUGGAGCCCCAGUCUGGGGCAGAAGGACCCAGAGACCAAACAGAUUAAGGAAGAACAGGAGGAAGUCAGGACCAGUCAGGAGGAAGAGCAGCUUCAAGGGCUCUUUGUUACCAAAGACUCCAUAUUCACUACUUCCUGUGUGAAAAGUGAAUGUGAUCAGAAGGACCCAUGUCAAGAAGCCGUACUAGCUGAACACCCAACUCUCAGUCCACUGAAAACAUCUAAACUACAGUUGUUCUGUGUGUUUUUAAAUGAAUGUUUAACGGCAUCUGCUGCUGAGGAGAUUUUUGGUGCGAUUGAGGAAACUGUAGCAGAGUACCAGGAGGAGAAUGAUCUGCUACGGAGACUGCUGCGGAGGACACCAGAGAUACAACUAUGUAGAAUAGACUCCCUGCAGCUCUCUGUCUCUGAAGAGGAGGUUCCCCCUGAGCAGCAGCACUGUGAGGAGGAGUGGAGCCCCAGUCUGGGACAGGAGGACCCAGAGACCAAACAGAUUAAAGAGGAACAGGAGGAAGUCAGGACCAGUCAGGAGGAAGAGCAGCUUCAAGGGCUCUUUGUUACCAAAGACUCCAUAUUCACUCCUUCCUGUGUGAAAAGUGAAUGUGAUCAGGAGGACCUACUUUGGUCCUUGACUCUUCCCCGAACCCAGACUGUGGAGAACAGAGAGAGUGACUCUAAACCAGUGGAUCUCACACCUUUUGGCACUGUGACCCACAUUAAGGGUCUCAACAUUCCCUGUGACCUUCCAGAUAAUCAAAACAUUGCCUGCAGCCACAGUUCAGCUGUAAGCAGCUACACAGUAGGACUUGACAGUAGCCCACCAUUGGAUCUGAACCCACCAAUGGAUCCCAGUCCACCAUUGGAUCCCAGUCCACCAUUGGGUCCCAGUCCACCAUUGGGUCCCAGUCCACCAUUGGGUCCCAGUCCACCAUUGGAUCCCAGUCCACCAUUGGAUCCCAACCCACCAAUGGGGGAACACUGUUCCAAACCCAACACCACAUCUAGAAAAACUAGCCACUGCCGUGACUGUGGUGAAACGUUUGCUCUGAAAGCUGACCUGCAGAGGCAUAUGACUCUCACCAAGAAGAGACUCAGUGACUGCAGCUACGGCAAUAAACACUACAACUCCACCUGUAAACUGAAGGCCCAUGUCCAACUCUGUCACAGUGGUAAACCCUGUAUCUGCCCUGUUUGUGGGAAGACCUUCAAAUACAAAGGAGAUCUGUCCAGGCACAUGAGGAUUCACAAAGGAGAGAAACCAUUUAUCUGUGGUGACUGUGGGAAAAGCUUCAAUCAGAAGGGGAACCUAACUGAACAUGUAUUGAUUCACACAGGAGAGAAACCAUUUAGCUGUGGUGACUGUGGGAAAAGCUUCAGUCAGAGGGGACACCUUACUGUUCAUAAACUGACUCACACAGGUGAGAAACCUUUUAGCUGUGGUGACUGUGGGAAAAGUUUUAGUCAGAAGGGGAACCUAAGCAUUCAUAAACUGACACACACAGGAGAGAAACCUUUUACCUGUGGAGAAUGCGGGAAAAGCUUUGGGCUCAAGCGACACCUAACCAUGCAUAAACUGACUCACACAGGAGAGAAACCAUUUAGCUGUGGAGACUGUGGGAAAAGCUUUAAUCGCAAGGAGGUCUUAACCAUGCAUAUACGGACUCACACAGGAGAGAAACCAUUUAUCUGUGGUGACUGUGGGAAAAGCUACAGGCAUAAAGGGUCCCUUAAGAUACAUAUAUUUUCUCACACUGGAGAGAAACUCUUUACCUGCGGUGACUGUGGGAAAAGCUUCAAUAAGAGGGGGAACCUAAACAUGCAUUUACGGACUCACACAGGAGAGAAACCAUUUAGCUGUGGAGACUGUGGGAAAAGCUUCAAUCAGAGGGGGAACUUAAUCACACAUAUACAAACUCACACCAGAGAUAAUUCCUUUCGAUGUGGUGACUGUGGGCAAAGCUUCAAUGAGAAGGGGCACCUAACUGAACAUAUACGGACUCACACAGGGGAGAAACCAUACAGGUGUGGUGACUGUGGGAAAAGCUUCAUUCAGAAGGCGGACCUAAGGAGGCAUAUACUGACUCACACAGGAGAGAAACCACAUGGCUGCUCCGUCUGUGGUAAAGGAUUCACUCAUAAAUCUCAUCUGCUGAGGCAUGUGGAUAAAAUCCACAAAGGAAGAAAACAGGACAGAAACUGAAAGAACAUUCGGACAAAGAGAUUAUCUGUCAGGUUAGUGAAUAGAAAGGCAGGAUGUGGACAAAUCUCUUAGGAAGCAACAGUGAUAUGGCCUCAUCAAAUAUGCAGACGACAUGGCUCUGGUUGCUUGCCUGGAGGUCAAGUCCAUCUCCAGCUACUCCCAGUUCAUUGACUGCCUUUUGACGUGGUUUGAUAGUAGCUUUCUUGACCUCAACGUCACCAAGAAUAAAAAAAAUGUUCCUUGGAGGAAAAAAAGCUGGGAAAUGGAAGCCCGUCUCUCGAGCUUGUCACUAUGGAAGGAUGUGGAGCAAGUCAAACAUUUUAAAUACUUGGGGACAAUUUUCGAACACAAACUUGGCUUCUAGUAAAACACUGACCUCAUCUACAAAAAGGCAAGGCCGUUUCUUUCCCUACUUAAGACAGUAUGACGUUUUAAUGCAAGCAAACUCACACGGAUCGUGGUACACAAAUACCAGAUUGAGUGUUCUCAAUUACAAUUCUGGUACCUCUCAGUGAUGUUUAAUUUUUUGUUUCAUUUUGACAUGUCAAUGUUUAAUGUGUUUGUGUCUGUUUUAUGUCUGUUUUCAUACUUUGAUUAUAACUCAGAGUGCCAGCGACACAUUUGCAUUCAGUUUCAACUUAAUGGAGAAAAAAGUUUGUCUUAUCUGCUUAUUUUAAAGCUAUCUUAACUCUGGAUCAUUCAUGCUUUGGGUUACAGAAAUAUAUAUGUGCGAUCGAUUGACUUUUGCAAAACAUUGUAUGUAAAUCAAAUUUGACAGUAAGUAAUUCCACACAAAGUCCAAAGGAAAUUCGACUUCCACUUUUAUGCCAACUCCUCCGAAAAGAUAUAUAUAUAUAUAUAUAUAUAUAUAUUAUAUGAGGUUGGACACCACCCUUGGAGCAGUUGUUGUGGGGUGGUUAAGUGCCUUGCUCAAGGGCACAACAGCAUCUAUGCUUUUUUUUUUUAUAUAUAUAUAUUUCCUCUGUAAGCUGACCUGCAGAGACAUGUGACUCUCCCCAAGAAGAGACUCAGUGGAUGCAGCUUCUGCAAGAAACGCUACAACUCCACCUGUAAACCGAAUGUCUAUGUCCGUAUCUGUCAGCCCUGUUCGUGGCAAGACCUUCAAAAUACAAAGGAGAUCCGUCCAAUCACAUGAGGAUUCACACAGGAGAGAAAAUAUUUAGCUGUGGUGAUUGUGGGGAAAGCUUCAGUCGCUAGGAGGUCUUAACCAUGCAUAUACGGACUCACACAGGAGAGAAACCAUUUAGCUGUGGUGACUGUGGGAAAAGCUUCAGUCGCUAGGGGAAGCAUAAACUGACUCACAUAGGAGUUAAACAACAUGGUUGCUCAGUCUGGUAAAAUAUUCAAUUGUAAGGCUCAUCUGUUAAAGAAUGUAAAUUACGUCCACAAAGAAAGAAAUCAGGACAAAUACAUAUUUUGUCAGAAGAUGGGUGUCUCCUGUUUGAAUGAGUCCCUGAUUAGAAGGAGCGCAUGGAAACCAGAAGUGUUUCGUCCCUCCAGGACGGACACAGGCGGUUCUAUUAAUCUGGCCCGGGUGCCCGUGUAGGUGUUUUACACAGAGUGAAAGGUGACUGUAUUGGUUUUGUAACCGGCUGCCUCCCCUGUGUGACCCAGGUGCCCGUGUAGGUGUUUUACACAGAGCCUCCCCUGUGUGACCCAGGUGCCCGUGUAGGUGUUUUACACCGAGCCUCCCCUGUGUGACCCAGGUGCCCCGAUCAAAGCCCAUGGGCGAAGUCGGCUCAAAGCAAAGUGGUGUAGAAGCACGUGGAAUAAUGAGUAGGAUUCGGUGUUUUCAUAUUGCAAAAGUCAUUUAUUUUCUUAUCUGCCAAUGAAAUAAAGUUGAUUAUUCUAACAUUUA